AUAAGCACGAGAUCGAUCUGCUGAUAAAACCGUCCCUUACACUCCACGCCAAACAGUUUCAGUUCGUUCUCUAGAAAUGUUAACCCUUGUUCUUACUUUCCUGUCGGUCCCAUUGUUCGUGUUCGGACUUGACUGUUCUGGACUCCCUGACGGAAACUAUGAGCUGGGAUGUAAAUCGUACGGUGUGUGUACUGGAGGUGCCGUAAAGCUAGUAAACUGCGACCCUGGACAGGUUUAUGACGACAACUCAGGAAGUUGCGCAGAUCCUUCCUCUGUAACUGGAAUCUGUAGUCAACGUCGUGACUGCUCUAACAAAGCUGACGGUUUGUAUGCCGAUACAGAAAACCACUGCAAAACUUACUACACGUGUUAUAACGGCGAGUUCAAGGGUCAUAACUUCUGCUCAAAAGUAACGGUGUUCGAUGAGGUACAGCAGACGUGUAACUGGCCGGGAGCUGUAGACCCACCAUGCGGCACGAAAGGCCAGGCCACUACAUCAGCAACCGGUUAAUCCGAUUUAUAUUUAGUCUUUUUAUUCAAAUUAAAUUACAUUCAAAGAC